AUGCAAAAAACAGAUGGUAUUAGAAUUCCAGGCGUUAUUUUGGACGAGUUGAAGACUCUUGACUACAGUCAAGAUGAAAGGUUUUCUAUUUCAGAAGGAAAAAAGAGAAGACGAGGAAAUGGCAAACAUUUAAGCCGUAAAGAAAAGAGAAAGAUGGAACGGGCCGACAAGAAACGUAAAAUUAUAUCAACUAGAGAAAUCAAUUCCAGCCGGCUAAAAUCAGCACCAACGUCCGAAAAGAGGAGUGCUAAUGCAGGUGUGAAAAACGUAGGCAAGCAGGCUAACGGUAAAAAUCCGAUUUCUUCAGAUGAAUCAGAAAGUAAUGAAAACUGGGAUAGUGACGAAGUGCUUACUGAUGAAGUAGCAGAAGAAAGCGGUGAGCAGGCAAUGUCUGCGGAAGAAACAAUGAAAAAACUAGAAUCAUUGAAACGGAAAGCAAAGGGUAUACAAGGAGCUGAAAACUCGGGAGAAAUAAAAGGUAACUCAUAUGAAAAGAAACAUAUUCGUAACAGAGAUACAAAUGAGAAUUUUGUGAGUUAUCCGCUGGCCCCUUCAGACAGAUCAGCGUUUGAAAGGGACGAGAUGGACAUGCAAUAUUACGCAAAAAAGUUGGGCUUGAAAGGAGAAAGGAAGGCUAUACAUGCAAAAGAUGAAUUUGAUGCUAUUGGUGGACUUCUUGAAGGUUUGGAAUACUUUGAAAAUUAUGGCAAAAGUGACGAAGAGUAUGGAGAUUUUGCCACAGAAACUAAUUCUAUGAGAAAAGAUGAUGAAGCAAGCGAGAAAGCAUUUUCCUCGGAUGAUGAUCUUUCAGCUUCUGAUUUUGAAGACUCAGAUGGGCUUAGUGAAUCUGAUAACGACAGCGUUGCGGACUCGGAUGAUAAUUAUAGAAGAGAAAAGGAAAAUCCCUAUGUAGCUCCCACACAAUCUGUAGAGAGCUAUGUUCCCCCAUCACUGAGAAAGAAAUUGGAUGAUAGUGAAAACAAUAGUACUUUGUCUGAAAUUAGCAAGAAGGUCAACUCCUCUUUGAAUAAGCUUUCAGACUCCAAUAUUACUAUUAUUAUCACUGAUUUAAACAGAUUGUAUGAUUCCCUGCCUAGGCAGUACGUUACAGAAUCGUUAACGAAAGGGAUAUUGAAUAUUAUAAGCCAAAAUCAGAAGUUGUUGGACGGAUUUAUAAUGAAUUAUGCUGCUCUUGCGUAUACAUUAUCAAAACUAAGAGGUAUUGAGGUGGGUGCUUUUUUCAUUCAAAAAACGGUAGAGGCAUUUCUGCAUCAUUACGAAGAGGAAAUGGAAAAUAUAUUAAAGGAUCAGCAGAGCAAAAUUUCCUCUAAAAUAUGCAUCAAUAUUGCAACCUUACUAUCGUAUUGUUAUAAUUUUGGAUUUGUUUCGUGUCGCUUAAUCUAUGACAUUAUUCGAAUAUUUGUAGCAGAUCCUAAUGAAUUCACUACUGAGUUACUUUUACGAAUUAUAUCGAUUUCAGGACAACUGAUCCGGGGUGAUGAUCCAUCCGCCCUGAGAGAUAUACGAUCAGAACUGUUGAAGAACGCCAAGAAUUUAAAAGAGCAGAGCCCAAGAUUGAGAUUUUUAAUGGAUACCAUGUCUGACUUGAAAAACAACAGGUUAAAGCCUUCUAUUUUGGCGACUGAUCAUCAUCCAUUAAAGAAAAACUUGCAAAGCAUUUUGAAUUCUUCUUCUUCUUGGGAGCCUUUACAGGUUUCUCUGGAAGACAUUAAAAACAUUGAUUCCAAGGGGAAAUGGUGGCUGGUUGGUGCUUCUUGGCGAGGAAACAUGGAAAAUGCUUUUGAAGUUUCGAUCAAUAAUGAAAAUGAUGCCAGCAAGUCCAAGAAAUCUAAAAUUUCAAUCGAGGAUGAUCUUCUUGAUGAUAUUCCAGAUUGGAAUAUUAUCGCCAGACAACAGCGUAUGAAUACUGACAUUCGAAGGGCUAUAUUUAUAAGUAUUAUGUCUGCACAAGAUUACCUGGAUGCAUUUAGUAAACUUGAAAAGUUAAGCUUGAAAAAUAAGCAAGUUCUUGAAAUUCCAAGAAUUGUUUUACAUUGUCUUUUGGCUGAUAGUGGAUCCAAUGGUUAUAAUCAUUACUACGCAUUGGUCGCGAACAAAAUAUGUGAAAGGUAUAGCCAUUUAUCGAAGUCGUUUCAAUUCCUAUUCUGGGAUGUGAUAAAAAAAUUUGAAGACAAAGAAUUCGAUUCUGAAAGCGAUACUGACGAAGAAGAUGAUUUAGAUGAUAAAGAAAAACUGCUUCGCAUCUCAAAUCAGGGGAGAUUUUUUGGAUCGUUGCUUGCUAAUGACAUUUUGAAAUUAGAUGUUUUCAAGCAUGUUCCAUUUAUGGGUGGAUUAAACACAGAAGGGAUGUUAUUUAUGGAGAUAUUGCUAUUUCAGUUAUUUUUAACUGUAGCUAAAAAAAGUGAGAAGAAACUCAAGAUGGAUGAAAGUGGAAAUAAGCGUAUAAUCUACUCCGAUGAUUAUUUGCGCGAUGUUUUAACGAAGAACGUUAAAUCGGAAAAUAUGCUAUUCAUUCUCAAAGGUUUGAAGUGGUUUAUUAACAAGAAAUUUAGAUACCAUAAUUUCCUUGCAGGAAAGAAAGGAGAUAAAGCUUUUGAUAGGGAUGAAAGAAGAUUGGCUUGGGCUUCAAAAGCUGCCAAAUCUAUUAUAGACAAAGAACUGGAAAAUAUAGAUUCGUAG